UUUAUGGCAGAAGAAAGCAAUGAAAAAUUUUGGCAGUUUUUGGAAACCGUACGAGAAUUAUCAAUUUAUAAGCAAAGAGAAUCAGCUUAUUCAUAUUACAAUUUAAUCCUGAAGAAAGCUGGACAGUUUUUAGAUAAUUUACACAUCAAUCUCUUAAAGUUUGCUUUCUCUAUAAGAGCAUACUCUCCAACUAUUCAGAUGUUUCAACAGAUUGCUGCUGAUGAGCCCCCACCAGAUGGUUGUAAUGCGUUUGUGGUUAUCCAUGAAAAAUAUACCUGCAAAAUUAGUAAGAUUAAAAAGCUACUGAAGAAGGCUACUUCAAGGCCCAGGCCGUAUCUAUUUAAAGGAGAUCAUAAAUUUCCCACAGAUAAAGAAAACUUACCAGUAAUUAUUCUCUAUGCAGAAGUGGGAACCAGAGUAUUUAGUGAAUUUCACAAAGUACUGUCUGAAAAAGCUCAAAGUGGCAAAAUUCUAUAUGUUCUUCGUCAUUAUGUUCAGAAUCCAAGUUCAAGAAAAAUGUAUUUGUCUGGCUAUGGUGUAGAGCUAGCAAUUAAGAGCACAGAAUACAAAGCAUUGGAUGACACCCAAGCUAAAACAGUGACUAACACUAUCAUGGAAGAUGGGACUGAAGCAGAUGAAGUUCAAGGAUUUCUCUUUGGGAAACUAAAAGAAAUAUAUUCAGAUCUUAAAGAUAAUCUGACAACAUUCCAAAAAUACCUGAUUGAGAGUAACAAAGAAAUGAUGCCUUUGAAAGUCUGGGAGUUACAAGAUCUUAGUUUUCAAGCAGCUUCUCAAAUAAAGUCCACUCCAGUUUAUGAUGCCAUAAAAUUAAUGAAAGACAUUUCACAGAACUUCCCUGUAAAAGCCAGAUCUCUGACCAGAAUUGCUGUAAAUCAACAGAUGAGGAAGGAAAUACAGGAAAAUCAAAAGGAUCUCAAAGAUAGAUUUAAAAUUCAGCCAGGAGAUGCUCAUCUAUUUAUAAAUGGCCUUGAGAUUAAUAUGCACGUUUAUGAUCCCUUUAGUAUCUUGGACAUGUUAAAAUUAGAAGGAAAAAUGAUGAAUGGCCUUCGCAAUCUUGGGAUUGACCAGGAAGAUAUGAGCAAAUUUUUAAAAUUAAAUUCAUACAAUGAGAAUUACAUAUUAGAUAUUCGACAUUCUUCUAUAGUGUGGAUUAAUGACCUAGAAAAUGACCAGUUGUAUGCUGCAUGGCCUGCAAGUUGCCAGGAGCUUCUGACAGCAGUAUUCCCUAGGACUAUAUCUGUGAUAAAACGCAAUUUUCAUAAUUUGGUUCUGUUUAUUGAUCCUGCUCAAGAAUAUACUUUGGACUUUAUAAAUCUUGCUGGUGUUUUCUAUCUUCAUAAGUUUCCAAUCAGAAUUGGCUUUGUGUUCAUUCUUAAUUCAGGUGAUAACGUUGAUGGAAGGAAUGAUACUGGAGCUGCUCUUUGGAGAGCUUUCAACUAUAUUUCAGAAGAACGUAGUAUAUCUGAAGCAUUUAUGUCUGUUGUACAUAUGUACCAAAAAGUGAAGAAUCAAAAUAUACUCACUGUGGAAAAUGUGAAGAGUGUUCUCCAAAAUGAAUUUCCUCAUGCUAAUAUUUGGGAUAUUUUGGGAAUUAAUUCCAAAUAUGAUAAUGAAAGAAAGGCAGGAGCAGAUUUUUAUAAAAUGUCUGGCCUGGGUCCAUUGCCUCAAGCUCUUUAUAAUGGUGAGCCCUUUAACCAUGAAGAGAUGAAGAGUGAGGAACUGGAAAUUGCUGUUCUUCGCAGAAUGAAGGCUACAUCUGUACAUUUAAAAAGAGAUGUUUUUAUGGGCACAUUAAAUGAUCAUAUGAAUGCAAUUGAUUUCCUAAUGGAUAGAAACAAUGUUGUGCCCCGCAUAAAUUCUUUGAUUUUGCACACUAAACAUCAGUACCUGAAUUUAAUAUCUUCAUCAGUGACUGCUGAGAUUGGAGAUUUCACUACUUUCUCUUUCUUGGAGUCACAAGAUAAGAGCGCUGUGAUUGCAAAGAACAUGCUUUAUUUAACAGAAGAAGGUAAUAAUAUAAUUUCUGCAGUCACUUUGUGGAUUAUUGCCGAUUUUGAUACGUCAUCUGGGAGAAAACUGCUUUUUAAUGCCUUAACACACAUGAAAAAAAGUGUUCAUAGUCGGUUGGGGCUUAUUUAUAAUCCCACAUCAAAAAUAAAUGAAGAAAACACAGCUAUUUCUAGAGGAAUUUUGGCAGCUUUUCUUACACAGAAAAACAGCGUUUUGUGGAGCUUUCUCAGGAAACUGUCCAAGGAAGAAACUGCUGCAGCCAUUCACUCUGGAAAUAAAAUUAAAACAUCCCUUACUGAGGGGAUGGAUAAGAAUGCUUUUGAGAAAAAAUAUAACACUGUUGGAGUAAAUAUUUUCCGAACACACCAGUUGUUCUGUCAAGAUGUACUCAAAUUACGUCCUGGAGAAACAAGUAUUGUCAGCAAUGGGAAGUUUUUAGGACCUUUAAAUGAAGAUUUCUAUGUAGAAGAUUUUUACUUGCUGGAAAAGAUAACAUUAAGCAAUUUAGCAGAGAAAAUUAAAGGCAUUGUUGAAAAUAUAAAAAUUAACUCAGAACACAUGAGUGACAUUGUUAUGAAAGCUGAUGCCCUUAUUUCCUCUUGGCCUAAGCGUACAUCUCGGUAUAAUGUCACAUUUCUCAAAGAGAACCACAGCAUUAUAAAGAUAAAGCCUCAAGAGAAUGAUGUGGUCUUUGAUGUCAUUGCUAUUGUUGACCCCUUGACAAGAGAAGCACAGAAGAUGGCACAGUUACUAGCUGUAAGAUAUUUUUACUGUGAAAUCUUUUACCGUUUUGUCCUGGAGCCAGAAGUGAUGUCAGGGGCUAAUGAUAGUCCCUCUCUUGGACCAGUAGCAAAGUUCCUGGAUAUCCCUGAAUCACCCCUUCUAACCCUCAACAUGAUUACUCCAGAAGGCUGGUUGGUUGAAACAGUGCACAGCAACUGUGACCUUGAUAAUAUACACUUAAAAGAUGUUGAGAGAACUGUCACAGCAGAAUACGAACUAGAAUUUUUACUACUUGAAGGACAUUGCCUUGAUUCAGUGACAAAGCGGCCUCCUCGGGGUUUGCAGUUUACACUAGGAACAAAAAAUAAACCUCUUGUGGUUGAUACAAUAGUGAUGGCCAAUCUU